AUGUGCCACAUCAUGAGUCUCCUGGGGCGGGUAGCUGUGCAUCGUGCCAGGAAAGCCGCCCUGCUCUGUGUAGUCUUCCUGAUGGCGCGAGCGUGGAGCAGCGCCUCCCUGGCCUUGGCGGGGGCGGCAGUGUCUCAGGGACCCCAGGGCUGUCCACCGCAGUGUUCCUGCAGUAAUCAGCAGGGGAAGGUGGUGUGCACCCGACGUGGCCUCACCCGUGUGCCCCCCGGCAUUCCAACAAACACGCGACACCUCAAUCUAAUGGAAAACGCCAUCGAGGCGGUGCAGGCUGACUCCUUCCGCCACCUGCACCACCUUGAGGUGCUCCAGCUUGGGCGAAAUGCCAUACGGCAGAUUGAGGUGGGCGCGUUUAAUGGACUUACCAGCCUCAACACACUGGAGCUGUUUGACAACCGGUUGACGGUGGUGCCCAGUGGGGCCUUUGAGUACCUGUCUAAACUACGAGAACUGUGGCUGAGGAACAACCCCAUUGAAAGUAUACCCUCCUACGCCUUCAACCGGGUGCCCUCUCUCAUGCGAUUGGACCUGGGAGAAUUACGGAAACUGGAGUACAUCUCAGAGGGAGCUUUUGAGGGCCUACAAAACCUCAAGUACCUCAACCUGGGCAUGUGCAACAUAAGGGGCGAAAUGCCAAACCUGAGUCCCCUCAAGGGCCUGGAAGAGCUGGAGAUCUCUGAAAAUCACUUCCCAGAGAUAAAGCCAGGCUCCUUCAAAGGCCUGCGCUCACUGAAAAAGCUCUGGGUGAUGAACUCACAAAUCUCAGUGAUAGAGCGCAAUGGUUUUGACGACCUAUCUUCAUUGGUGGAGCUUAAUCUUGCCCAUAAUAAUCUGAGCGGUGUGCCACAUGAUCUAUUUUCCCCGCUCAGGUACCUGGUGGAGCUCCAUCUCCACCAUAACCCUUGGAACUGUGGCUGUGAGGCUGUAUGGUUAGCACGCUGGCUAAGGGAGUACAUCCCUACUAACUCAACUUGCUGUGGACGCUGUCACUCACCUGCCAGCAUGAGAGGUCGACAGCUGGUUGAGGUGGACCGAGGUGAGGGCGCUGCAGUCCAGUGUUCUGCACCAUUCAUUGCUGAUGCACCAAGGGACUUAAACAUCUCAGCAGGGCGAGUGGCUGAGCUUCGUUGCCGCACAGCCCCAAUGUCUUCAGUACGCUGGCUCCUACCCAAUGGGACUAUCCUGACACAUGCCUCUGGUCACCCGAGAAUAUCAGUCCUCAAUGACGGUACCCUUAAUUUCUCAAAUGUCCUGGCAGUAGACACAGGCACUUAUACCUGCAUGGUGUCCAAUGCAGCUGGGAACUCCAAUGCCUCAGCCUACCUUAAUGUGAGUGCAGCUGAGCUUAAUACAUCCAAUUUGAGUUACUUCACUACAGUGACUGUGGAGGUCUUGGGGCCAACCACUGAGAUGCCCAAACCUAAAACUACCACCACCACUGCUGCAGCAGGGGCUGGGGUAGCUGGAGGAGGGGUAGGCCUAGGGACAACAACUACAACUGCCUCUCCUUCCGUCUUUCAGCCAGUCUUCAUCUCCACACCAACUGUGCUGCUGCAAAGCACCGACAGCCCAUCAGGAGCAGCUAAGACAUCUGUGGUGCCAGUUGUCACUAGCAAGCCAGGCAAGUCUGGCCCUAGCCUGGAUGAAGUGAUGAAGACCACUAAGAUCAUAAUAGGUUGCUUUGUAGCAGUGACACUGCUGGCUGCUGUCAUGCUCAUCGCCUUCUACAAACUGAGAAAGCGCCACCAGCAAAGGAGCACAGUGGCAGCUGCCCGCACUGUGGAGAUUAUCCAGGUGGAUGAGGAGGACCUUCCUCCACCAGCGUCUGCAGCUCAAGAGACGGCUCUCUCAUUGCCUGAAAUCCGGGACCAUACCAAAUAUAACACCUACAAACCAACUGGCCAUGGGGCUAAAUGGACAGAAAACAAUGUUGGGAACUCUUUGCCUCGAACCAUGCCCAGCACCAUUACAGCAAUGGCUGAGCCCUUCGUCAUAAAAACUCACACCAAGGAGAAGGUGCAGGAGACUCAGAUUUAAAAAGUCCCCCCUCAAAAGGCUCCCACUCCUUUCCCUAGCUCCCAUCCACCACUGUCCCUUGCCCCCCCUUCGUCAUUUCCUCAUAAAAUCAUGCAAUAGA